CACACACACACACACACACACACACACACACACACACAAUCCUUCCAUGAGCCAGGCACGCUCUGCUGCAGAGCCAGCCAGCACUCAAAGUGUUAAGGUCACCAGAUGACUUUUGUUUAGAGAUCUCCUAGAGAAAAUUGGCUUCGAGAGGCAAGAGGCUCAUCUCUGUGAUUUAUGUGUAGCCUGAUCCAGGCACAGAGGAGGAGAAAAAAAUAAUAUGUAAUAACGUAUUCAGGAGCUGAUGAGCGCUAACAGCCAAUAGGAGGAAGUGAAUUGUUAAUCAGUAGAAGAGAGGUGGAGGGUAUCCGAAGUGUUUUAAGCUACCAUAGUGAUGCAAGAUUGUAAUCUCUGUUUCCUUGCUCUUGUCCAUAGAGCAGGCAUCUGAUAUCAAUGCUGCCUCGGGAACGUGCAAUAGUGGGGAACGAGUCCUCAGUGGAACCGACACUGUUUUCCCUUGCUCCUUGGAGAAAAAUGGAGAGAGUGGAAAGCCAACUGGAUGACAGACAGGACGUAUAUGAAAGUCUAGUGUUGGAGACGGCGUUGAGUACGCUGGUGGUUGUACUGGUGUAUGUGGUGGUGAAAGUGAGCGUUGAUGGGAUCAGGCAGUGGCGGGCUAGAGUAUCAAUUCUUGUGGUGGGAGCUGGACCUGUUGGGUUGACCGCCGCUCUGGUUGCUGUCCGUUCAGGAAAAGUGCUGAAUUUGACCAUCUUGGACGAGAGAACAAGAGCUGCUUUGCUCUGCAGACCCCAGCAGAUUGCCCUAAACCCUCGUAGUGUCAAGUUUCUUCUGGCUCUUGGAGUGGACUUUGAUAACAUAGAAGGAUGUUGGCAUAAUGACCACUUUUUCACCAAGAUCGGCGUUUUUCAGGAGCAUCUUCUAAGUAUCCUGGAACAAAGAAAACAAACACUGGAUAUUAGACUCCUUCUUGGAACAAAAUUUACAGAAGAAUAUAUCGGGAAGAUACCGACAGGGGAAUGGCCCAAGAUAAUUGUGGUGGCGGACGGAUCUUGUGGAGAAUCAAGCUCUCUCUUGGGUGUUAGCUCAGAGUACGUUGUUGAAUCGUGCAACGCCUAUGGAGCAAACGCAGUAUUGGAAAGACAAGACCAAAGGCAGGUGCCAACACCGGAGAUCAGAGCUCACAAUCUGUACUUUGAUCUUUCUGCUUAUGGCAUUGAUGUCACAACUUCUGGAAAAGAUGUGAAUCACCCAUGUGGGAUAAAGCCAGGGUUCCACCUCAAGAUCUAUGGCACUUUUAGGAAUCGAUAUAUGGCCCUGGCAUGUCCCGCUUCUGAUGCCAAAGUGGUUAGGUUUCUACGGUACACCCCUAACUCCUCCGUUAUGAAGAACAUAUUUCAUCAGUCGUUUAAUGCCUACAAGACGGACAUUGAGCCCAGAAUGAGCGAUUUAACCCUUCCGCAUCUGCAGUGCAGUCGAAGGCUCUUCGAGAUCAUGCUGUCCCACAGGAGGAUAACUACAGCUUUUAUUGAAGGGGACAAUGUUGUGGUCACAUUGGAAGGUGAAGCUGCCCGUGUCCUUAACUUUGAUACAGGUUGUGGAGUGAACCUUGGGCUACAGGGUUUGGAAUCUUCAGAAGAAUUUAUUUACAAAGUAGCCUCUGCUUUAGACCAGAAUGAUAUCUUUGACGCUCUAUCGGCUAAAAUAAAACAUUCCAAACAAGUAGUUGAAGACUUCAAGCUGCAUGGACUUUCAUCUUCAGUGUUCGAAUGAACACAACCAUGAACGUGUAACGGUCGUGCCCAUAACCCUGUUCAUUUUGUGGGUGAGCACAAAAGUGUGAUAAUAAACAGAGCAGCGAUUAUCUGGGACUUGAGAAAUUAAGUCACCGCCGAAGAGGGAAAAAAGGGAGUGUUUGAUAUGGGAAUGUUGGAAAUACAAUACCCAAAGGGUUAAACUUGUGUUUCAGCUCUGGACUAACACGGAUAGUGAACCUCAUUGCUCACCUGGCACUCUGUUGUUUACUAUUUCUUUUUUUAAAUCAUUCAUGACCAAAGCCAUUAGGCCAUGACAGUAUUUUAUUCUUGUUUUAGAAUUCUGUUUCACACCACUUCCGUAAAACUGUCAGUCCCCAUUGAUUCAGUUAGUAUUGCAUUUAUCAAUGACGUGUUCAUUGACGUCCUUCAAUGCCUUGUCGUAUGACCAGGUGGGGAAUAUGUACACAUUUUUAUGUCUGUAUACAGAGGCAAGAUGAAAUUCCCAUUUAUAGAUUACUAAGAAAACAUGGGUAACGGCAACAUCCGGUAGCAAAUGUGUAAAUCACAAGGCAUGGUGCUUAAGUAGAGUCUUUAUUCUUGCUGGUGAUGCUAAUAUGCAAACAAACCUUCAAACUUACCCUUAUGAUUACUCUUUAUAAUAAUGUAUAAUCCCGCCAAUGGGAUUAUAGAGUAACCAGAAUGCACCGACUUGAUGUAAAAUCAGUGAAAUACCAGAAUCUUUAUGAAUUAAAUGUGAUUGGUUUUUUUUGUCUGCAGUAGGGGAUGCUUGUAGCACUUGUUUUACACUUUGCAU